AGUGCUUCGUGCCAGCUCCCAGGAGUCAGUUUGCAGAAUUCCUGUCCCAGAGCCAGUCGGGAUUGCGGGGCUGUGAGUCUGUCUCCGAGGAGGUCCCUGGAGGCGCCCAAGUGCCUGUCUGGGUGGAGCACACCUGCAAGCCACUUUCAGGAACUUCUGCCACAGGUGUAAGUCCCUCACCCUGCUGAGAUGCUGAGACAGAUACUGUCGGAGAUGUACAUAGAUCCUGAGCUGCUGGCGGAGCUCAGCGAGGAGCAGAAACAGAUCCUGUUCUUCAAGAUGAGGGAGGAACAGAUCCGGCGGUGGAAAGAAAGAGAAGCAGCCAUGGAAAGAAAGGAGUCCUUGCCAGUGAAAUCCAGACCGAAGAAAGAGAACGGCAAGUCGGUCCAUUGGAGACUGGGCGCUGACAAGGAGGUGUGGGUCUGGGUGAUGGGAGAGCACCACCUGGAUAAGCCCUACGAUGUGCUCUGCAGUGAGAUCACUGCGGAGAGGGAACAGCUGAGCGCAGUGAAGGAGGCGGAGGCUCGAAGAAAAAGUCAGUCUGAUGAAUUCACCCAUAUCUUGAAAACAAAAUCACAAAACUACAACCUGUCAGCACCAAAUAACAUGUGCAAGAGAGCAGCAGAAAAGGAGGAAGCGAGGCAGACACUCAGGCCGGCACCAGCCCUCGAAGGAGAGAAAACCACAAAGAAAGACUCUGUGAAGGUAAAACAAGAUGAAGAAAUAAAGCAAAUAGAUGAAGAGAAAACCAAGCAGAUUUAUAAGAGCUGGAAAGAAGACUCGGAGUGGCAGGCAUCUUUGCGGAAAUCCAAAGCAGCUGAUGAGAAGAGGCGCUCCUUGGCUAAGCAGGCCCGGGAAGACUACAAGAGGCUGUCGCAACGUGGAAGAAGCGGUGAGGGUCUGCAGGGUCUGGGUGUUCCACAGAAGCCCAGACGCCCUCCCCUCCCACCCAAGCCACAGUUCCUCGCUGCAGUGGGAUGCCCACAGAAGCCUCUUGGAAAUCAGGGCGUGUCGAGGAUGGCAUCUGGCUCUGCCCAUGAGGACAUCAUCCAGUGGUUCAAAGAGGAGCAGCUUCCCUUUCGGGCUGGCUACGAGAAGACCUCAGAUACCAUCGCUCCCUGGUUCCACGGAAUUCUUACACUAAAGAAAGCCAAUGAACUCUUAAGCACAGGUGUGCCAGGUAGUUUCCUGAUUCGCGUCAGUGAAAAGAUCAAAGGCUAUGCCCUAUCUUACCUGUCAGAAGAGGGCUGUAAACACUUCCUCAUAGAUGCCUCUGCCGACUCCUACAGCUUCCUGGGUGUGGAUCAGCUGCAGCACGCCACCCUGGCCGACUUGGUGGAAUAUCACAAGGAGGAGCCCAUAACAUCCUUGGGAAAGGAGCUCCUCCUCUACCCCUGUGGUCAGCAGGAGCAGCCACUCGACUACCUGGAGCUCUUUGAGUGACAGCGUCCACCAGGUCAUCUUACGACUUCCGGCUGGGCUUUCCCCUUGACUUCUAUGUAUGAAGCCAAAGUCCCCCUGCAGUGGAGCCAAUACAGAACGUUUCCCAGAAGUCCUUGCUGAAACCUCUCUUCUGUAUAAACACUGGUUUAGUGUCAAGGGGAAAUGACCUCUGCUUCAUCUGCAUUCCAAAAGUAAAGAGGGAAGAGUCCUAAUUUCAGCAGUGACCUAACAUGAUGUGACCUUACUGAUGGAUAUAAGAUCAAGCCACACAGAAGAAACUGCAGGAAUGCAGAUGUACGUCCAAAACCAGUAGCUUCUGUGAAGUUUUUGUGACUUCUCCAUUCCCCCUGUGGAUCCUCUCAGAAGAUCUCAACGUCUUGUUCUUAUGAAGUUCCACUUAGCUGGGAAACACUGAGAAGCCCUUACCGAUGGCUGAGAUGAUCCUCAAAAUAUACCUCCCUUAUUGUGUGUAUGGGGAGGGGCAGAAAAACAACCCCAAGUGUCAACCUGAUUGGAUAUAUUAAAAUGUAGGAUUAGAGGCCUCAUAAACAUAAAAGUACAUAUGGAUCAUGAGAAAUGAGGACAAUGCUCAUUGUGUCUUAGGGUUAUGUAGACAAGAACACAGGAAGUCAGCUCUUUGCAUACUACUUGUGGGCUGGAUUUCAUUCCCCAAAAUGAUAUCUUGAAGUUCUAAUCCCCCGUAUGUGCGUAUGACCUUAUUUGGAUGUAGGGUCUUUGCAGAUGGAGAUAAAUCCAAUGGCUAAUAUCCUCAUGAAGAGAGAGAUUUAGAAACACAGCCCCACAGAGAAGACAGCCAGGGACAAUGCAGCCAGAGGCAAGAAUGGUGUUGCUGUUGACCAGGGGUUGGGGGCAACCUUCACAUGUCAGGAGAGAGGUGUGAAACGGAUUCCCUCCGGAACUUCAGGAGGAGACAUGCCCAUGCGGACACCUUGAUUUCAGCCUUUGAGCUUCCAGAACUGCGAAUGAAUAAAUGUUUACUUUAAGU